AAGGAAGAGUUUCAGUGAACGAUGGCCUAAAUUGAUCUGUUUCUUAAAUACAGUGAAUGACCUCAAAUAAAGAUCAUUUUAAGAUCAUCUAAGAGCUUUGAGCGACCAUGAAUAUGAACUUAAACAUACUAACUGGACUUGGUCACCGUCUGUAGUACACUUGAGUAUAAAAGAUAGUUACUACAAGUGGUAACUAAAUACAUUUUAAAUACAGAAAUAUUUUAAAAGUGCAGUUCAUAUUCCUGAUGUCCCAGUAUAUCAUGAAGUUUAUUUUAAGAAGUACUAAUGAGUGAUUUCUGGUAUAUUAAGUACACCGAUCACUUUAAUAUAUCACUGUUUCUCAGUGUUUUUAAUGGAUGGAUGAGUUUGGGUUGGGGUUUAUUUGAAGCAGAACACCUUUGGGAUGAACCUGGUCUUCACGGCCUGACCUCACAUAUUCUUCUGGACGAAUAAACAAAAAGAAAACCACUCAAAAUCUCGUGGAAAGGCAGAAGAGGGAGCUGUCGCCACAGAAAAGGCGGGAUCGUGUCCAGGGUGGCAGGCCUACAACGCUUUCGUGUUCCACUCAAAAAACAACUUCGUAACCAGACGAGAGUCGCCGAGUCGUGUCAGAAUAUCAGUUUACGUGUGAAGUCUUCGCAUCGAAAUCAUUUAACACGUCCGUGUUUUUCGGAGCGCUUUCUCGCGGAGCACCGCGUGUCCUCUCCGACUACCCGUACCAUGUGUGUCGUGUUUUGUGUUGACACUGUAUAAGGUCUGUUUUUGACACGAAAGCGGAUCGGGCAGCGCAGAUAACCGUCUCUUUACGUGAUUAUUAUACUACGUUAUUGAGUACAUCUCCGACGACGACCAGCAGCCCGUGUAGGUCUUCUGGACAUGAUCAGCCGCCGCCUCCUGUUCUCUGGAGCACUAACGCGCUCGGCUCUUGUGUUUAAAGCAGACGUGCCCUCGGAAGUGGUCAAGUGUGCUCAGGCGAGGCUGCGUGUCAGAUCUCAGAGCUGCGUGAAGCUCUCAAACAUGGACGAGGUCAACAAUAACUCCGUGUCCACACAGAAGGACACUACCAAGGAAGUCAAAAAAGCCAAGAGACAGCCCAAGAAAGUGUCAGGCAGGAAGAAGAAGAAGAAGCAGAAGGAGGCAGAAAGCGCCUGCAGCCUGAUGGCCGAGCUUCCCUUCGCGGGCGCCGAGGUCUGGACGGAGCUGGGCUUCUCGAGUGCGGAAUCGAGCACAAAGAAGAAGCGUAAGAGAGGAGACAGCGGACGAGUGGAGAGCGAGGAAGAUGGAGAUAAGAAGAAGAAGAAGGAGGCAGCUCGCCCAAACUACUUUGUCUCUGUGCCUAUCACAAACCCAGAGAUCAAGCGGGCGGUGGAGGACGUGCAGAAGCUGCUGCUGGAGAAGGACUGUCGUCUGUCCAGAGCUCUCAUACCUGUGGGCACUCUCCACAUCACUCUGCUGGUGACUCACCUGAGCACACAGGAGCAGCUGGACCUCGCUGCGUCUACAUUAUCAGAGCUGGAGUCUCCUCUGAACACACUGCUGGGCGGCCGCAGGCUGAUCCUGCCCUUCUGUGGAGUCGGACACUUUAAACACGAAGUGGCUUUCGUUCAGAUCACGGACGGAGAGCAUCUGACCACACUCACGCUCAUGGCAGAGAGCAUCAGGAAGGCGUUUGAGGAGCGAGGCAUUUUGUCUGGAGAUGACAAAGCAUUCAAACCUCAUCUGACGUUUCUCAAACUCUCUCGAGCACCUAAACUACGCAAACAGGGCGUUAAGAAGCUGGAUCCAGCGCUCUUCUCUGAGUUUGAAGGCCGCGUGUUUGGAGACGAAUGUGUGUGUAGAGUGGACCUGUGCUCCAUGCUGAAGAAAAAGAGCGCAGAUGGAUACUACCACCGCGAGAAGAGCGUCAGCUUCAGGUGUGUGUUUGCUCAGAGCAGAAUGGAUCAGGAGAGAGAGCGCAGGCGGACGCGGCGAGAGGCCAUAAAGACACUGUUAGCACAGGAAGAGAUACGACUUAAGAUCCGCCAGGAGCUGGACUCGGCCCUCGGAGGAAGUCCACAUGGACACACACACACUGACUGAUGCACAAACCUGCAGAACAUCUCACACACACACACAGACGCGAGGCCGGCCUGACGUAAGCUUACUGUAUGAUUUUUGUGGGAAUUCAAAUGUAUAUGAGCUGAUUAGUUUUGAGCGUUUGAUGUCUAUAAUGCUUCAGAUAAGCAGCCGCUGUGGCCUUAGAGAACUCACACCUUGUUCUAUCGCUGAAGAACAUACCCUUUCGGUUUCCUUUCAUUCACAGAUACGUACUUUCACCAAAAUGUGUCUUUUUACGCUCCCUGUCCUUUUCUUUGAGUUCGGCCGUAUCGAUGCCGACGCCAUUCAUGUAAUCAGUACUUCUGAUGUCACUGGUUUAGCGUUUCGGUUCCCAUCUGCCACUUUUUUUACUCUUAAAAAUAAAGCAGGAGAUGACGGCGAGUGGACGUGAUUCAUUCCGUGUUAAUGCUGCAGGUUGAGAUCGGUCUGGUGUCUCGCAGUCAUAUGUUGGCAGGGUUUUUCUGAGAGCUGCUCGCAGCUACAUUCGCAACGCCUCCGACUUUACGUUCGACUAUUUCCCCCCCUGUCCUCUGAAAUAAGCAUAUUGCCUGCCGUCUGCUGGGCGUGAGAGAAAUCAAACACAUCCGAGGCUCUGGAGCUCUGACACGAGCCGAGAGGUUUAUUCAGGGUGAACGUCACGGGCACAAAUGAGAUUGAGUUUCUUAAACCCUGUUUGGUUGUUGUUUCUCAGCAGGGUAACUCAGGAAAUCAGAUGCCAAAUAAUUCAAUGAGGACAAGCUUUUAAAACUUUAAAAAAUGUUAGGAAUUGGAAGUUGAUUUUUCUCAUGGUCGAUGCCACAUAAUAUACAGUAUAUGAUAUACCGUCUGUGUCAAAGGUUUGAUGUAAAUCAUAAAUUGUCAAAUUUUUUGAAAGAAAUUAAUGCUUUGUGUUACAAGAUAUUUCUGUUUCAAAUAAAUGCUGUCCUUCUGAGCUGUUCAUCUGCGAAUCCUGAAAAAAUAAAAUGUAUCAGUUUUCACACAAAAUAUCAGCAGCGCGGUUGUUUUCGACACCGAUAAUAAUCAGAAAUGUUUCUUGAGCAGUAAAUCGGUGAUUUCUGAAGAUCAUUUGACACUGAAGACUGGAGUAAUGAUGCUGAAAAUACAGCUGCGCUUCACAGGAAUAAAUUGCUGUUUUUUUAUCAGAAAUGCUAGGAAAUCCUCCUGACCCCAAACAGCAGUAAAAUGCUUAUAAUGGCUCUUUUGAACGGUUCACAUGAUUUUCCUCUUGAUGUCUUUAUACCACAAACGCUUCCAGGGACAGCACACGGAGCUCGAAUGGAAGAGCUGCUCUUGCUCCGGCUGAAACCGGAGACGCCAGACCAUGUCAAAACAGGAAGCAGUUUGGCCCAGACGUUUCUCCUGAGACAUGAGAGGAACCACAAUUAAAUCACCUGUUCGCCGCCUGUAGGAGCUGCUUAAAAGCACAUCUCCACGACCGAUGAGAUGGAGCUCAUUCUCUUCAGAUGAGCAGGUGUCGGAGCUGUCAUAACUGCUGGUAGUCAUUCUGAAUGGAUGCGGCCCAUUCUCUGCCUGAUUUUUAUGGUUUCGUUUGAAGCAGUUUCUUCUGAACUGUCAAUAAAUCACUGAUUGAAGGC